AUGAAGGAAAAGAUCAAGGCCGUACUCCAUAGAAGGAAGGGGUCAACACCAAUCCAAUCGCCCCGUGCCUCAUAUGAGCAGUCUGAAGGGGCUAGUCCACGUGCUGAACAUCUUCCUAGCUCUCCCCGUCAAAGCCAUCGACGGAGUUCUUCGACUUCUCAGAGUGCCUCUCCUCGAACAGAGCAUGCACAACAACCCAAGACCAUUCACACAAACGGCACAGCCACUCACUCAGCUACCCUGCCGCCUGAAUCUGUGCAUAAUACCCAGCUUGACAAAUCUGCCUCUGAUGAAAACACACCCAUUCCCUCUGCACUUGCACCCAGCAAACAGUCGAUAGUGGCAGGUACCAAUGCCGGUCACUCAGUACCGUCUCAUAAUGAUCUAUCAAAGCCCCUCCCACCAACACCAAGUUCCACCAGCUACAACCAAGGCGAUGCUCGAGACAAACUGGUCGGCAGGGCCGUCACUACCAAUGGUAGUAUUGUAGGGGGAGCGCAAUCACCCGAUCUAGAAGGCCUUGCAAGGUCACCGCAGAGCUUGGGGAGCGAACACCACGUACACCAGGAUAUGGCUGUCAAGCCUGCGGGGUUCGAUUCUACGAGCGAUACGCACGAUGUGUAUGGUGGUGAUGAAGAGUGGCAGGUCAAGCAGAAAUCGAUGCUCAAUGGCAUCAUUGAUUUGAAUGACACGGUUGAAACAGACAGAGAGACAUCGUGGGCACCUGCGGUCACACAUGAAGUUGUCAAACCACACGAGCAUGAAAUUGUCCAGCACAAAAUCUAUCGAGAGAUUCACAACUAUACCUACUACCACCGACUGCAGCCUGUAAUGCAGACCGAGGUUCUUCCACCUCGUCACUUUAUCCCCAAUCCCGAUGGAGAGGGCCUGAUUGAGAUUUCUGCUGAUGAGCUGCCUUCUCGCACAGGCAAAAACAGGUGGUGGGAUAUUGUGCAAAAGGAACCGGUGCUUCCAGAAGCUCCAUUCCAAUGGCGGACCGAGCCGCAAAUUAUCGAGGGGAAGCCAUACAUGACGGAUGAAGGCUUUGAGCGCAGAGAAACCACCAUUAUAUACCCACCGACAUUGGAAGACAUGUCGGAUUACGAUGGAAUAGUGCAGCCAGUUCAUUUCGACCACAAGACCGGGAAGCGCUGGUUGGGAGAGCUGACAACCAUCGAUAAGCUACAGCGACAAGUAGAUGGUGCAAACGAAGAGGAUUUUAUGACGAUGAAGAACAUCACGGCCGACUUGCCUGAAAUCCCCAACAGCCCGUCGGUCAAGCGAAGGCCUGUUGCUAGAGACUCGCUGUAG